AUGCAGGAAGUCCAAGGUUCAAUUCUUGGCAUCUCCAGCACAGUGACCAAAUUCUACCAGCACUCCCUGGCCUUGGCAUUUGCCAUAAAGGAGAUCAACGAGAACCCCAAGCUCUUGCCCAAUGUUACGCUUGGUUUCCACAUCUAUGAUAGCUACCAUGAUGUGAGGAUGACCUAUCGAACCACUCUAGCCCUGCUCUUCAAAUUGCAUAGAUUUGUCCCAAACUUUGAAUGUGGCCAUCAGAAAAACAUCAAGGCCAUCAUUGGUGGACUGGGCUUUUCUACCUCCUUCCAUGUGGCAGACAUCUUGGGGCUCUACAAGGUUCCACAGCUCGCAUAUGGUUCCUUUGCCUCAGGGGAUAUUAGAACAAUGCAUAUAUCUUCCUUUUAUGGUUUGGUCCCAAAUGAAGCCCAUCAGUAUAUGGGGAUUAUCAGCUUAUUUCGAUAUUUUAGAUGGACAUGGGUCGGACUCUUUGUUGUGGAUGAUAACAUUGGAGAACUUUUCUUGAAGACCCUAGAGCCAUUGCUUUCCCAGAAUGGAAUCUGUUCAGCCUUCACAGAAAGACUACCACAACAAACCCAGCUGCCUUCUCUGAAUGAUCCUGUGGUCAAAGCUUCAAAUGUGCUUGAACUUUUAAGAAAAAUAGAUGUCAGUGUAAUUAUCAUUUAUGGAGAAACUUUGACCUUUCUAUGGCUGAGAGCAUAUAUAAUUAUGUUAGAUCCCUUCAGAAAAGAAAGCACAUCAUUUGGAAAGGUGUGGAUCAUGACAACACAGAUCGAUUUCAUAAUGACAGGCAUGGACAGAUCCUGGGAUUUUCAGAUCUUUGAAGGUGCUAUUUCCUUCACAACUCACUCAAAAAAUAUUCUAGGUUUCAAGGAAUUUAUUCAGACUGUGAAACCAGAUUGGACACAAAGAGAUGGUUUUCUCCAAAAUUUCUGGGAGCAAGCCUUUGACUGCUUAUUUCUAGAUCCAGAGAUGCCUCUGAUGGAUGAUGGCACAUGUACUGGAGGAGAGAAGCUAGAGAAUCUCCCUGCAGGUGUUUUUGAAAUGCACAUGACUGGACACAGUUAUAGUAUCUAUAAUGCUGUCUAUGCUAUUGCUCAUGCUCUGCACACCAUGGACCGCUCCAGAUCCAAGCACAGAUCAAUGGUAAUUGAUAAGAGUGCUGUACCUAACCGUCUGCAGCCUUGGCAGCUCCAUCCAUUUCUUCAAGGCGUUUCAUUUAACAACCCAGCAAAUGAAGUUGUGUCCUUCAAUGCAGAAAGGGAGAUGGAAGGUGGAUUUGACAUUCUAAACAUGGUCACAUUCCCAAACAAAUCAUUCCUUAAAGUAAAAAUUGGACGGGUGGAUCUCAAUGCUCCUGAAGGACAACUAUUCAUCAUUAAUGAGGAUGGAAUUGUGUGGCACAGGUUGUUUAACCAGGUGCAUCCCCUAGGUAUGUGCAAUGUGCAUUGCCACCCUGGGCAUCAAAAGAAAAUGAAGGAAGGUGAGAAGUUUUGCUGCUAUGACUGUGCUCCAUGCCCAGAGGGGAAGAUUUCAAACCAGACUGAUAUGGAUGACUGCUUCAGAUGCCCAGAAGAUCAAUAUCCAAACAAGAAUAAAAAUGGGUGCACCCACAAAACUAUACAUUUUUUAUCUUAUAAAGAGAAUUUAGGGGUUACAUUAGCCGCCAUUGCUAUUUCAUUUUCCCUCAUUACAGCCUUGAUGCUAGGAAUAUUUAUUAAGCACAGAGACACCCCCAUAGUGAAAGCCAACAACCGGGGACUCACCUACACUCUCCUCAUCUCCCUCCUGCUCUGCUUCCUCUCAUCUUUGCUUUUCCUUGGCCAGCCUGGGAAAGUGACCUGCCUUCUCCGACAAUCUGCUUUUGGCAUCAUCUUCUCCAUGGCGGUUUCUUGUGUGUUGGCCAAAACCACCAUAGUUUCUCUUGCAUUUAUGGCCACAAAGCCUAGAUCUAGGAUGCAGAAAUGGGUGGGGAAAAGACUAGUCUAUUCAAUUGUCCUUUCCUGCACCUCCAUUCAAGCGAGUAUUUGCACCUUGUGGCUGGCAACCUCUCCGCCAUUCCCAGAUUUAGAUAUGCAGUCAGUAACUGAAGAAAUCAUUGUUCAAUGUAAUGAAGGGUCUGCUGCCAUGUUUUAUGGUGUCCUUGGUUACUUAGGCCUUUUGGCCAUUGCCAGUUUCCUUGUGGCAUUCCUUGCCCGCAAGUUACCAGACAGUUUUAAUGAAGCCAAGUUCAUCACCUUCAGCAUGCUAGCAUUUUGCAGCGUAUGGCUCUCCUUUGUUCCAACCUACCUGAGCACCCGAGGAAAAUACAUGGUGGCUGUGGAGAUCUUCUCAAUAUUGGCUUCCAGUUCUGGGUUGCUGGGUUGCAUCUUUUCCCCUAAAUGCUACAUCAUUGUGAUGAGGCCUGAACUAAACAGCAGGGAACAACUAAUAAGAAGAAAGUGUUGA